AUGCUGAUGACGUCUAAAAUAGAGAAGACACUGUCGCAAAUACAAGGAGAUAGUGAAUCUGCCGUCCGACCUGGUCAAUUAGCAUCCGAGUACGAGUGUUUACUCUUUGAAUCACGGAAACAUAACCUGGACAACUAUAAGGAACGAUUUCGAAAAGACCUGAUUGCUCUGAAAAAUCAGAGCACUGAGUUUGCACAGGAUCUUCUCGGGGGUAACUUGUCGAUGAAAGAAUUUUGCAGCCUAAAAGACUCAGAACUGUUAUCAAAAAGGCAGAAAAGCGAGGACAAGCAGCUUCUUGAAAAGGAGUUGAAAAGUAAGAUUACCACAAAUUUGCCUGACACUAUCAAUCAGAUCAAGAGCCAGGCCAACACUGUUACUGAAAAAUGGGGUAUCAGUGAAAGCGCUGCUAAAAUUGAUCCCGAGUUUGAAAACUAA